GAAAAUAAUGGGAUUUUGAAAUGUCUUCAUUUCACUUCGAUCAAGUAUUAGAUUAUGUUCAGGUUAUAUUAUUGAUAACGUAGCAGAGGAGUUAUAAGUGUGAAAUAUAAAAAUAAGUGCAUUUAAUUAAAACAAGAACACUUGAAUAGUUAAUAUCAAACAAGUUAGAAUAAUCAAAGAAACCAAAAUGAUUCUAAGAUCAAUAAAUUUUUAUUUAUUAUUAUUAUUUUAUUUUGUGGCUCCCGAAGAUAAUUUUGUAUACGAAUACAACCCCAGUAAUUUUAAGUAUCAGAUCGAGGAAAUGGAUGGAAAUUUUAUCAUGUUUUAUGCUCCCUGGUGUCGCCACUGUACAGAGUUCCACCCGACCUGGUCCGAGUUGGCAGAGCUUGUGAACACAAAAGACUCUAAAUUCGCCAUAGCACAGAUUGAUUGCACAUUGCAUGCUAGGUUGUGUCAUGAUAAUGAUAUUACAGGAUAUCCAACAUUACUGUAUUUUCACAAGAACACAUUCACACCAGUGGAGUAUAAAGGGACCAGAGAUUUGCCGUCACUGACACUGUUUUUAAGUGAAGUAUUCACAAUGAAAACAGAGGGCAGAGAAGACAAACAAACUAGUGAAGUUAAAGUAUACAGCGGCAUGGCAUACCUCAACGACCAAAACAUUGAGAAGUCAUUGUCUAAGGGACAGCAUUUUGUUAUGUUCUACGCACCGUGGUGCAAAUCAUCACAGAAACUGGCGCCGAUAUGGGCCCAGCUGGCGGUGCAUUACGCGCACAAUGAUUACCUGCAGAUCGGCAAGGUGAACUGCAUGGACAGCGAUAUCACUUGCAAGAAUUUCGACAUCAAACAAUAUCCUUACCUCAUGUGGAUUGUUAAUGGAAGAGUUAUGGGUAUCGCUGAAGGUGAUAGUCUUGAGAACCUUAAAGCAUACGUAGACACGAUGCUCCUGACAGAGAACCAUGAUCCGGAUAAAUUUAUGAAGAAGAAGAAAGCGUUACCAGUCGCUCGGAUAUCAGAGGAAACAUUUGAAACAUUCUUAGAGAAGGAGCUUGUAUUCAUCAAUUUCUUUGCACCUUGGUGUGCGCAUUGUAUGCAAUUGAGUCCAUUGUGGAUGAAAUUGGGCGAGAAAUUUCAAAAUGAGACUCGCGUUUUGAUUGCCGAUGUUGAUUGCGUUCAAUCAAAACCUAUUUGCGAGAUGGAAAAGAUCAAUGGCUUGCCAACAUUAAUUCUUUACAAACAGAAGAAGAUUGUAAGCAUGGAACAUGGCGGGCAACCAUUAGAGAGCUUAAUUAGCCUAGUGACCGAACAUCUAGAAGAUACAGUCAAAAUACCCAGAAUAGAAGAAGAAGAUGAUGACAUUUUAAAAACCAAAGACGAAUUGUAGGAUAAUGUAUUAAAUAAAUUAUUGUUUAUUUAUA